AUGGCUGCUCCGGGCAUCGACGUGAACGCAGGGGCCUACAGCUACGGCUGGCACGGGUCGCACGUUCGAAUGACCCCCCUGGGCAUGGCCAUCAUCGGUGAGAUCGAUACGGGCAACUGUCGCCACUCCUUGGCAGCAGACCUGCCCCUCGCUGCCCCACGCUCGGAGAUCCUGAAGCUCUUGGUCAAAGAUCCGAGGACUGACCUCGAAGAGUCAUACUUCGAGAUGUACGAAGGUGGCGGCAAAGUGGGCUGUGGUGCGCUGAUGCUUCUGGAUACGGAAGUGGACGACGUCCAGAUCGACUAUCAAGCGGCUAUGAUCCUGAUGCAGGCUGGGGCGCUGAUGACAGAGAGCUGGGUUGAGCGGCUGGGAGACAUAGAAAACCACAUCGCAAAGGUCAAGGCAGCGAUCCCAGCGAAAGAAGCUGAGGUCAAGGAGCACCUGGAGCGUCGCGCAGCCUGGGAAGCAGAGGAGGCGGCCGAAAGGGAAGCCGAGGCUCAGGAGGAAGCAGAGGAAGAAGCAAAACCGGCAGAUGAAGAGGACAAGGAAGAAACAGAGAAAGAGUACGAGAAGAAGGAGGAUGGGAGCAUUGUAUGGCAGGGGGUCACCUUCGUGAAUGACAUGAAGCAUCCAGGAUUAUCAAAUCAUGAGGAAAUCCUGAAGAUGGAGCCGAAGCUCCUUCAGAGUCGCCUGGAUGGCCUCGGGGAAGUGAAGACCUGGUGUGAUACCGUGAAGAGCGGGUCCAACGUCUUCAAGACGCCGGCUGCCUUCCCGCCAAACUUUUGCCGCACGGCAGUCACGCUGAAGAAAUGCCUUGGCAAGAACUGCGCCGGCAAAGUCUUGGACUUCGUGAGCUUCUUCGAGUUUAACCGCCGCCGGCCAAUCUAUCCCCUAGCCUUCCACACGAAUGUCAACAUGUUCGGCCGGCCGCAACUUCCGUCCCUCAUGGAGACGGACCGGUUUAUGAGGAACCUCCUCAAGCGCCUGGAGGAAAAGGAAGAGGAGGAAGGCGAGGACCCCGCCGAGAAAGCCGCUAAGGAGGCUGAGAAGGCGAAG